AAAUGGAAAAUAGAAUAAAAGAGUUAGAAAAUAAAGUUUUAGAACAGCAAAAAGAAAAGGAAGAAUGUUUAAGAAAAGCGGUUAAUGCUGAAAUAAGUAAAGUUGAAAAAGAAAAUGAAUGA